AAUUAAACUUGUCUAAUUGUUAAAAACUGUAACAAAAGAUUAUAAAGGAAAAGGUUUGUUGAAGUUUUUUAGCAAUAUUAUUAUAUAUUUAAUAAUUAACGAUGGAGGAAGACAAACCCGAAGGAGAAACGGAAGACGAGUCUGUAAAAGAGAAAGUCGAAGAGAAAAGUACGGAAGAAAGUUUCGAGAAAGAUUAUGGGAAAAAAGAAGAAUUUGAAAGAGUAAAAAAAAGUAAAUCUGAUAGGAGAGGAGCAAGAAGAAGAGAUUAUUCGGAGAAAGAAAAUAAACGUAAUAGAAGAGAGGCGAAAAGAAAGAAAUCGAGAAGAGAUUAUUCGGAGAGGUCUCCUAGAAAAACGGAUAUUUACGACGAUACAAACGUCGACGAAGGACCUAAAAGAAAAAAGAGGAAGCGAGAGUCGGAACAUACAAGAAGAGGUCAUAAAAGAAGACAUAAAAGUUCUAGCGCCUCCCAGGAGAAAGAUCAAAGAAGGCGCAAGAGGAGGAAAGAUAAAGAAAAAUUCGGGCAGGAAGAAGAAAUAAUCCAACAACCUUCGAAGAGCGAAAGUAAAAAGUUUGCCAUUCGCCUGUUAAAUUACAAAGUCCUAAUAGGAAUUUCGUUAGUGCUGAUCGUUCUGGCAAUUAUUCUUGUACCGUUUUACGUCAAAGAUACGGAAACUUGCGUAGAACUGCGCCGUUUACCUAAGAGUUUUAUUCCGAAACAUUACGAUUUACUAAUAUCCAUGAAAACCUUGAGAGUAAUCAAUCGAUACUCGGGAACUAUUAACAUAGUGCUGUAUUGUAACCAAAGCACCCACGCCGUAACGCUUCAUCAGACAAAUCUUUUUAUCGGAUGGAAGUAUAUCGCAUUAAUCGAUCAGGAAGGAAAAGAACAUCGGCCCAAAGAAUCUUUUACCGAUAACGUCUUUUUGACUAUAAUAUUCGAUGAAUUAUUAAAAGAAAAUCGAUAUUAUAACUUAAGCAUUUCGUUCAGAAAUUACGUUAGGAACUUUACGGAGACGGGAAUCUUCGAUCUCGAUAAAACCAAGCAUAUUUUACUUACUAAUUUUAAAGCGGGAUUAGCCAGAACGGCUUUUCCCUGUUUUGACGAACCGUCUUUCAAAACAACUUUCGAUAUUCUUAUAUUAAGACCAAAAAACUUUACUUCCUUAUCCAAUAUGCCGAUAAUUCAAACGGUUUCCAGAGAUAACUUCGACGAAGACGUUUUCGAAAGAACUCCACCCAUCGCCACUCAUUCUGUAAUGUUGGUGAUUGGGAAGUUAAUUAGCUUAGUUAAUGGCGAUACUGUACUUUGGUACGACGAAUCUUCCGAAGACGUGGCCAAUAAAUCUUCGUAUAAGAUCGAAUUAGCUUUUAAUUGGACUAAAAGAUUCUUUGGAGCAUUUCCCUUUCCUAAAUUAGAUAUAAUAAUAAUGGAUUUAAAGUCGGAGGAUUAUUUAAUCGGUGCGGGAGUUAUUGUGGUUAGAAAAUCGAACGUCAUCACUUUAUCGGAGAGUCUCGACGAUACCAUCGAGUUUCUCGAAAUAUUUGUUUAUAAUUUAAUAAGUCAGUGGCUGGGACACAGUGUCACCGUCGAUUGGUGGUCAAACUUUUGGAUAACCGAAGGUCUUUCGAAGUACAUCGCGUCAUAUAUAUUGUCUUCGAAAUCCUUCCUCUACGAAGAGAUCGAUAAAAUAAGUUUAGAUACCGCCAUUGAAAAUUCUAUGGGGUGCGAUAACGAAUUGGAUUCUCUCUCCCUGGUCAAUGCCAGAUGUAAAAAUGCUUCUUUGGAAAUCCUUUCGAAGGUUCCUCUUCCUUUGAGCCGAAGUGUUUUCGAUGUCUUGAGACACAUAAUAGGGGAUGAAAAUUUUAAGAACGGAGUUCGAAAAUACGUACAAGAUAAAGCAUUAAAUAAUACAAAUAUCGAAGAAUUUUGGAAAUAUUUUAAAAAAUAUAAUGGAUCUAUAGAAUAUUACUUAAAAUCUUGGAUAAACUUGCCCGGUGUGCCGAUAAUUAACGUUGUAAGAGAUUACGAAUCUAAUACGGUAACUAUCACGCAAGAGCCUUGUUUGUCAAAUCAAAGUGACAAUUACAGAGACGGAAUAUGGAACGUUCCUCUAUCUAUUAUAAGAGAAAAAGGCGAUUUAAACGAUUCGAAAAUAGUUUUGUUGUCGAGGAAAACGAUGACGUUACGCGACAUGCCCGACGAGAACCAAUGGAUUUAUUUUCACGAAAAGUCUUUGGGAAGUUAUAUCGUCAAUUACGAUAAUCGUAACUGGAAUCUAUUAGCAAAUGAAAUUCGUAAAAAAAAGUCGUUACUAAAUCCUAAUCAAAAACUGAAAUUGCUAAACGAUAUGAUUAAUCUUGAAAGAUGGGGGAUUAAAACUUUAGAGAAUCCAUUGAAUCUAUAUUUAUUUAUCCCUCGCCAAUCUAUAUUUAUGUUUUAUCCAAUUUUUUAUAACGCUCCGGAUCACAUAAAUAUUAUAUUCAUAUCAGAAUUGAUGGAAGGAAUCACAAUGGAAGAUUAUUGGAAGGAAUUUCUAUGGUAUCUAUAUAGACACGCGUACUAUAAACUCGGAUGGCAUUUUGAUCAUAAAAACGAACUGUUUAUUUUCAACAAAAUACGCAUGGAAAUUCUCGAAAUUUUAUGCCGGAUAGGAGAGCGUAAUUGUGUACAGUAUUGUGUUCACACGUUAACGGUUAGAAACUCUACGAGUCGUUUAGAAACGACUACGGACAAGAAUUUUAAAUCUAUUUGUAUAUGCGCCGCUAUUCGAUACGGUAAAAAAGAUUUUUUAGAUAUUUAUUGGAGUAAAUACGCGAAAGAACAUCCCUUAUUACUUAUCGAAUGCAGCACUAAUCCCAUCAUUGUUCGGGAGGAAUUAGAGAAAUUAUUUGUAGGAGCCACUCAAACGAAGUUUAGCGAUAGACUCGGAAGUUGUAUUCACAAUUUGUUUCUAUGGGAAAAAUGCUUCGAUUUCGUAGAUAAACAUUUUGCACUUUUUGUAAAAAAACCAAAGUUUAUCCAAUUCCUAAUAAAUACCGUGAAAAGAGUAACCCCGAAUUAUAAAAAGUAUAAAAAGAUAAUAAAAGUAUUCGGUAAAUAUCUUCCGAGUUUACACGAGAAAAACAAAGAAGCCACCGAAGAAAUUUUCGAAAAAUAUAAUAAUACAAAAGAAAUAGAACGAAAUACCAAAAUGGUCACUAAAUGGUUGAGAAAGAAACCGUGGGUUAAAUAACUACAAUAGUUAUUAAAAUAGCUUUAGCUUUAUGUCAUUUAAAUAUUUUUUUCUUAUUACAAUAAAAUGUGAAAUAAACGAAAAGACAU